CUGUGGUGCGUUACAGAAUCUGUAAUUUUGAUAGUCGAUUGUUUUAUGGAACGGUGAGAAGAGCUGGGAAGUAUUGAUGAAUAUUUCGUCUGUAAUAUAGGCUAUUCGUUUAUAAUAGCUGUCAGAAUGCCACCUAAAACAAAACCGGUUCAACCGAGCAAGAAAACGGCUGAAAAAAAGAAGGAAAAAAUCAUAGAGUUCAGUAAAGGAUUGGGUUCCAUUGACAUCAACCUUCAUUUGUGUGAGAAGUAUGCUAUCAUUCCACUAAAUAGCAUAUUACUGCAUGUAGUGACUCUCAAAGGAAUCAGGACAAAACAUUUGGCUUAAAAAACAAGAAAGGGGCAAAGCAGCAACGAUUCAUUCAACAAGUUCAGCAUCAGGUUAAAAGUGGUGGAAAUGCCAAAAAGCCUACUGAUGAUUUGAAGAAGCUGGAAAAAGAGAAGAAACUGAAAGAUCAGAAAGAAAUGAAUUUGCUGUUCAGACCUGUAGCGACACAGAAAGUUGAAAAGGGCACAGAUCCAAAGUCUGUAUUGUGUGCAUUUUUCAAGCAAGGCCAAUGCUCAAAGGGUGAUCGUUGCAAGUUCUCACAUGACCUUGCCCUGGAGCGCAAGGCAGAGAAGCGUAGUAUGUACUGUGACAUGAGGGAUGAGGGGGAUGACACAAUGGAAAACUGGGAUGAAGAGAAGCUAAAGGAAGUUGUUGAGAAGAAACAUGGCGAGGCAGAAAGGAAAAUGCCACCCACUGAUAUUAUUUGUAAAUUCUUCCUUGAAGCUGUGGAGAAGAGUAAAUAUGGUUGGUUUUGGCAGUGUCCUAAUGGAUCGAGCUGCAUCUACAGACAUGCUUUGCCACCUGGUUUCGUUCUCAAGAAGGACAAAAAGAAGGAAGACAAGAAAGAUGAAAUUUCACUUGAGGACUUGAUUGAGCGUGAGCGAGCUGCACUGGGUUCAAACCUGACAAAAGUCACUCUGGAGUCGUUUCUUGCAUGGAAGAAGCGAAAGGUGAAGGAGAAGAAAGAAGCAGCAAUAAAGGAAGAGGAAAAGAAGCGGUUAGACUACAAAGCAGGACGGCAGGUUGGGAUAUCUGGACGUGAAAUGUUCUACUUCAAUCCUGACCUGGCAGCAGCUGAUGAGUUUGAGGAGGGAGAUGAAGCAUUUGAAUCUUACAAUCUGGAGGAAGAUGAUGGACAGAACAGUGUUGAGUAUCGUGAGAUUCAGUUAGAUGUUUUGGCAAUGGAGGCCCAGGAACCAGAUGGGACAGGAACCCAAGCCACAGAAGAUCGAUUGAAAGGCAAGGAGACUGAUCAUAGUACAAGAAAUGGAGAGGUCAUCUCACCUGAUCCAGAUGGAGAAGGUGAGGGUGCUGGAGCUGUGCCUAUCAAUGAGAAUCUUUUUAUUGAUGAUGAUGAAGAUUUAGAUGACUUGGAUGAAGCAGUAGAUGACCUGGAUUUGGAACAGUGACCCUGGUGACAAGCCAAGUCUGGUCUUGGUUGUGCAUCAUUUGUAGCAUGUGUACUUGUGAAAAAUUGUGCAUCUAAAUACUGAGUUUAAAUUAUUAACAUCCUCUGUUGCAAAGAUGCAAAAUGUUGACAGAAACUGAAACUGCACUUCCGGGAAGUUUCGCAGUAUCAGUCUCCUUUCCAAAGCAUAAGUAGUACUGUACUGAAUAUGUAUAUUAUUCAUGUUAUAUAGUACUGACCCUAUAUCAAACAAAUGUUCAUUAAAUGAAGAGCUGGUGAAAUACAGUGAAACCUC